AUGACCUCCUCGCGUACCCCGACCUCCGCCUCCAUUCCCUCCCUCAAAAUUCCCUCCCUCCAAUCCUCCACAAGCGCUUCCUCCCCUGUAACCCCAACCCUCCACCAACAACUUCAACAACAAGACAGCACAAUCCCCGCGGAAACCUCCCCCUUCCCCCCUCCCCAAACCUUCGACAUCAUCCCCCCACUUCACGACCUCCUCCUCCGCCUAGCCUCCAACCCAUCAAACCAACACCAACAACAAGCCGAAGCAGGCGGAGGCUCCGGAGUCGGCCCGCCACCUCCGCCAGCGCCACCACAUUCCGCAAAUGCAACAGCAACACGCUCAACGGCCAUAGACACGACCGCAGUGGCGUUCCUGGAUCCCAAGGUUCUGUUGUCGGAGGCUAGCGGGGUCAAGAUUCGGAUUCAGAAGGCUAAGGCGGCGCUGGAGGGGUUGCCCGAUAUGCAGCGGGGGGUGGAGGAGCAGGAAGAGGAGAUUGCGGAGUUGGAGGAGAGCAUUGAGAGGCUUCGGGAGGUUAUUGGGGAGUUUGGGAGGAGGAGUAGGGGGGUUACGGAGGAUGUGGGGAUCGGUGGGAGCCGGUGA